UUCUCAAAGACUGACAUUCUCUUUCUCGAAACAUGCAAAAGUGAGAAGUUGUCAAGGAAGUAAACGACAGAGACCUAGAGGAAAUUCAGGCUGAGCUUCGAGUUCUUGCAGGGUGUUGGCAUCUGUCACCACCACGGCCAGGAGAGGAGACAGGACCAUGUGGCUGUUCCCUGCUCUGCUCCUCUUCCUCCCAGGCUUCUCCACUGCUCAGGAUCCAAUCACAGGUCCAAACAUGGUGAGAGGUCAGGAGCAGGGCUCCUUGACUGUGCGGUGUCCUUAUGACUCAUCCUGGAAGGAUUACAAGAAGUACUGGUGCCAAGGAGCUGAUUGGAGUUCAUGUGAGAUCUUCAUUCAAACCGAUGCAUCAGAGCAGUUGGUGAAGAAGGACCGUGUGUCCAUCAGGGACAACCAGACAGACUUCAUCAUCACAGUGACCAUGGAGGACCUGAGGUUAAGCGAUGCUGGCAUUUACUGGUGUGCGAUUGAGAGAACUGGACGUGAUCCCCAUUUUGAAGUUAAUGUGAAUAUUCACCCAGGCCCAGAAACUUCAACUAUAACAAUGACAACCAUGGCUCCAAUUCUGACAUCCACACCAUCAACCACCAUGGCUCCAGUUCUGACAUCCGCACCAUCAACCACCAUGGCCCCAGUUCUGACAACCACACCAUCAACCACCAUGGCCCCAGUUCUGACAUCCACACCAUCAACCACCAUGGCCCCAGUUCUGACAUCCACACCACCAACCAUGGAGAACUUUGGCAACUAUGGAGAGGCCCAUACCAGCACCCUCACCUGGUCCCUGCUGAGCAGCGUCUACUUCCAGCUCCUGGUCUUUCUGGAGGUGCCCCUGCUCCUGAGCAUGCUUAUUGCUGUCCUCUGGGUGAACAGGCCUCAGAGGUGCUCUGGGGGAGGAGACGUCAGAGCUGAAGAAAUGACCCCAAGAGUGAUGGGAGUGUGGCUGUCUUCAGCUCUGCUCCUCUUGCAGGUUGCAGGCUGUGUCCCUCUGCGUGGCCCCAGCAAGGUGACAGGCACAGUGGGGGAAUCCCUGAGUGUGCGGUGUCAGUACGAGGAGGAAUACAAGAAUAAUAACAAAUACUGGUGCAGAGUGACUAUGCUACCAUGUAAAGGUCUUGUCAAGACCAGAGCCUCAAAAGAAGCUGGGAAAGGCCGAGUGUCCAUCAGGGAUCAUCCAGCCAACCUCACCUUCACAGUGACCUUGGAGAACCUCACCCUGGAGGAUGCAGGCACCUACAAGUGUGGGGUGGACAUGCCACUUAUUGAUGACUCCUUAGGGAUCUAUCCCUUCUUGGGGAUUGAUGAUGAUUCCCUCAAGGUUGUGGUGUCUGUGGUCCCAGGCUCUAGCCCCGAGAACAGAGCAAAUACCCUGGGGUCCCCCACAUCCUCACCAGUGUACACUCAGCCCAGCGUGACCACAGAGGACACAACUCCUGGUCCCAGCCUACAACCCCGGCCCCUGCUGAGCAGCAUCUACUUCCAGGUCCUGGUCUUUCUGGAGGUGCCCCUGCUCCUGAGCAUGCUCAGUGCCGUCCUCUGGGUGAACAGGCCUCAGCGGUGCUCUGGGGAGAAGCAGCAUUGUCCCGAUUAUGAGAAUCAGUGAGGUCUGUUGACAUCAAAGCUCUGUCCAUGUCCUGGGACACAGCUCUUCUGGUAGCAGAGGACAACAAAUAAAUCUGUGUU